CUCCAAUUGUAUAUUUCAUCCCACGGUAACAAAAAAGAAGAAGCUGUCACAGCCACACACACACGCAAACACGACUCGAGUGUGAUUAGCUCGGUCGUGGACUAGUUUUCUCGGCGGAUUUGCUUCUUGUGCCUCCGAAGUGACGUAGGAGGGCAGUGAAUGGGAAUAUCAGUAGCGGGUGGAGAGUGAGACGUCAACCUGUCCACUCUCGUAUCUCCUCCAAGGCCAUCUUAUUCCACUUUUGAGGACGUUUUGGGAUUGGACACUAAACAAGAGCACCUCAAAAGCCUCCUUGUUGGCCCCCCUUUCCCCUUUCCUUCCUAGUAGAGGACUCUCGUAGCAAAAAAAAACCGUCCAGAAUGGCCCAGAUACUGCCCAUACGAUUCCAAGAACAUCUGCAGCUGCAGAACCUGGGUGUCAACCCAGCCAACAUUGGGUUCAGCUAUCUGACCAUGGAGUCAGACAAGUUUAUCUGCAUUAGAGAGAAAGUGGGCGAGCAGAACCAGGUGGUGAUUGUGGACCUGUCCGACCCAACCAACCCCAUCAGGAGACCUAUUUCUGCUGACAGCGCCAUCAUGAACCCCACCAGCAAGGUCAUUGCCUUGAAAGACGCUGCUAAGACUCUGCAGAUCUUUAACAUAGAGAUGAAGAGCAAGAUGAAGGCUCACACAAUGACUGAAGAGGUCAUGUUCUGGAAGUGGAUAUCGGUAAAUACCGUUGCCUUGGUGACGGACACGGCCGUCUAUCAUUGGAGCAUGGAAGGGGAUUCCCAACCAAGCAAAGUAUUCGAUCGGCACGCCAGUCUAACAGGAUGUCAGAUUAUUAACUACAGAACUGACGAACAACAGAAGUGGCUGCUGUUGAUAGGGAUUUCUGCUCAGCAAAAUCGUGUGGUUGGGGCAAUGCAGCUGUAUUCCGUGGAGAGAAAAGUGUCCCAGCCAAUAGAAGGUCACACUGCUGCAUUCGGGGAGUUUAAGGCAGAGGGGAACGGCAAACCGUCCACCCUCUUCUGCUUUGCUGUGCGCACACAAGCUGGAGGGAAGCUGCACAUUAUUGAAGUUGGUCAGCCACCUGCAGGAAACCAGCCAUUUGCUAAGAAAGCAGUGGAUGUGUUUUUCCCCCCUGAGGCCCAAACAGAUUUUCCUGUAGCUAUGCAGAUUGGAAGUAAACAUGGUGUGAUAUAUUUAAUCACCAAGUACGGUUACAUUCACCUGUACGACCUAGAGUCAGGAGUGUGCAUCUACAUGAAUAGAAUCAGCGCUGAAACCAUUUUUGUCACAUCGCCUCAUGAAGCCAACUCAGGAAUUAUCGGUGUCAACAAGAAGGGACAAGUAUUGUCAGUAUGUGUUGAAGAAGAAAAUAUUGUCAACUACGCCACCAACGUCCUCCAGAAUCCCGACCUGGCCUUACGAAUGGCUGUGAGAUCCAACCUUGCUGGUGCUGAGGAGCUUUUUGCCAGGAAGUUCAACACAUUGUUUGCCCAGGGAAGUUAUUCUGAGGCAGCAAAGGUAGCUGCGUCUGCACCAAAGGGUGUUUUGCGGACAGCAGAGACCAUUCGUAAAUUCCAGAGUGUGCCAGCCCAACCAGGUCAGGCUUCUCCACUGUUGCAGUACUUUGGUAUAUUGUUGGACCAGGGUCAGCUCAACACAUUUGAGUCAUUGGAGCUGUGCAGGCCUGUCCUGCAGCAGGGCCGCAAGCAACUCCUGGAGAAGUGGUUAAAGGAGGACAAGCUGGAGUGCUCAGAAGAGUUAGGAGAUCUAGUAAAAGCAUGUGACCCAACCCUUGCGCUUAGUGUGUACCUCAGAGCUAACGUCCCCAACAAGGUCAUUCAGUGCUUUGCUGAGACAGGCCAAUUCCAGAAGAUAGUCCUGUAUGCCAAAAAGGUUGGUUACACCCCUGAUUGGGUGUUUUUGCUGAGGAAUGUGAUGCGCGUCAAUCCGGACCAGGGACUGCAAUUUGCCCAGAUGCUGGUCCAGGACGAAGAACCGCUGGCCAACAUCAACCAGAUUGUAGAUGUUUUCAUGGAAGGCAACCAGAUCCAGCUAUGCACAUCUUUCCUGUUGGAUGCUCUAAAGAACAACCGCCCAGCUGAAGGCCACUUACAGACACGCCUGCUUGAGAUGAACCUUAUACAUGCGCCGCAGGUAGCAGAUGCUAUCUUGGGGAACCAGAUGUUCACACACUACGACCAUGGCCACGUUGCUCAGCUGUGCGAAAAAGCUGGCCUUCUGCAGAGAGCUCUGGAACACUACACUGACCUUUAUGAUAUCAAACGAGCUGUGGUGCACACGCAUCUUCUCAACCCUGAGUGGCUGGUGAACUUCUUUGGCUCUCUGUCGGUGGACGACUCCUUGGAGUGUUUGAGAGCCAUGCUAUCGGCCAACAUUCGGCAGAACCUGCAGCUUUGUGUGCAAGUGGCGUCCAAGUAUCACGAGCAGUUGGGGACUCAGGCCCUCAUGGAGCUCUUUGAGUCCUUCAAGAGUUAUGAGGGCUUGUUUUACUUCCUUGGCUCGAUUGUGAAUUUCAGCCAAGAACCCGACGUUCACUUCAAGUACAUCCAGUCAGCCUGCAAGACAGGACAAAUCAAAGAAGUAGAGAGAAUCUGCAGAGAGAGCAACUGUUAUGACCCAGAGAGGGUUAAGAAUUUCCUCAAGGAAGCCAAGCUGACAGACCAGCUUCCUCUUAUUAUUGUGUGUGACCGCUUUGACUUUGUCCACGACUUGGUGCUCUACCUCUAUCGCAACAGUCUGCAAAAAUACAUUGAAAUCUACGUACAGAAAGUUAAUCCCAGUCGAUUGCCAGUAGUAAUAGGAGGCCUGCUGGAUGUGGACUGUGCAGAGGAUGUCAUUAAGAACUUGAUAAUGGUGGUCAGAGGGCAGUUUUCCACUGAUGAGCUUGUGGGGGAAGUGGAGAAGAGAAACAGGUUAAAACUUCUAUUGCCAUGGUUAGAGUCACGAAUACAUGAGGGCUGCGAGGAACCGGCCACCCACAAUGCUCUGGCCAAGAUUUACAUCGACAGCAACAACACGCCUGAACGCUUUCUGAAAGAAAACCCGUUCUACGACAGCGCCGUGGUUGGACGCUACUGCGAAAAGAGGGACCCUCACCUGGCCUGUGUGGCUUAUGAAAGAGGCCAUUGUGACAUGGACCUCAUCAAGGUGUGCAACGAGAACUCGUUAUUCAAGAGUGAGGCUCGUUAUUUGGUACGGCGGAGAGACCCCGAACUUUGGGCUAAUGUGUUAGAAGAAAACAACCCCUACAAGAGGCAACUCAUCGAUCAGGUGGUACAAACUGCUUUGUCAGAGACCCAAGACCCAGAGGAGGUAUCGGUCACAGUCAAGGCAUUCAUGACUGCCGACCUGCCCAACGAGCUGAUUGAACUGCUGGAGAAGAUUGUGCUUGAUAGCUCUGUUUUCAGUGAACAUAGAAACCUUCAAAACCUUCUAAUUUUGACCGCCAUCAAGGCGGACCGCACUCGCGUGAUGGAGUACGUCAAUAAACUUGACAACUACGAUGCCCCCGACAUUGCUAAUAUUGCUAUCAGCAAUGAACUCUUUGAGGAGGCAUUUGCCAUUUUCAAGAAGUUUGACGUGAACACGUCAGCCAUACAGGUUUUAAUAGAACACAUAAGCAACCUGGAUCGAGCCUAUGAGUUUGCAGAGCGCUGCAAUGAAGCUGCAGUGUGGAGCCAAUUAGCUCGGGCCCAGCUGCAAAGAAAUCUGGUUAAAGAGGCCAUUGACUCAUACAUUAAAGCAGUGGACCCUUCAGCCUACAUGGAGGUUGUUAAUGCUGCCAGCAAGAACGAUAACUGGGAAGAUUUGGUCAAAUUCCUGCAGAUGGCUCGUAAGAAAGCACGGGAAUCCUACGUGGAGACAGAGCUGCUCUUUGCUUUGGCUAAAACAAAUCGUCUGGCUGAGCUGGAAGAGUUUGUCAGCGGGCCCAACAAUGCUCACAUCCAGCAGGUUGGCGAUAGAUGUUACGAGGAGGGAAUGUAUGAUGCCGCUAAGCUUUUGUACAACAACGUGUCAAACUUUGCUCGUCUGGCAUCCACACUUGUGCGCCUGGGAGAGUACCAGGCUGCCGUGGACAGUGCCAGGAAAGCCAACAGCACACGCACAUGGAAGGAGGUUUGUUUUGCUUGCGUGGACGGCGAGGAAUUCCGUCUGGCGCAAAUAUGCGGCCUCCACAUUGUGAUCCACGCUGACGAACUGGAAGACCUGAUCAUUUACUAUCAAGACCGCGGCUACUUUGAGGAGCUCAUCGGUCUGCUGGAGGCGGCGUUGGGCCUGGAGCGUGCUCACAUGGGCAUGUUCACUGAGCUCGCCAUCCUCUACUCCAAAUUCAAACCACAAAAAAUGAGAGAGCACUUGGAGCUCUUUUGGUCCAGAGUCAACAUUCCGAAGGUCCUACGUGCAGCUGAACAAUCUCACUUAUGGGCCGAGCUGGUUUUUCUUUACGACAAAUAUGAGGAGUUCGACAAUGCCGCCAUCACCAUGAUGUCUCAUCCGACUGACGCGUGGAAAGAAGGCCUUUUCAAAGACAUCAUCGCAAAGGUGGCUAAUGUCGAGCUGUACUAUAAAUCUCUUUCCUUCUACUUGGACUACAAACCUCUCCUGCUUAACGACCUGCUGAUCAUUCUGUCUCCACGGCUGGAUCACAAUCGAGCUGUCAACUUUUUCACCAAGGUGAACAAACUGAAGCUGGUCAAGCCUUACCUGAGGUCUGUUCAGAAUCACAACAACAAAUCUAUUAAUGAAGCACUCAACAACCUGCUGACUGAGGAGGAAGACUACCAGGGUCUGAGAGCAUCCAUCGACGCUUAUGACAACCUUGACACCAUCUGCCUCGCCCAGAGGUUAGAAAAACACCAACUGAUUGAGUUUCGACGCAUUGCUGGUUAUCUGUACAAGGGGAACAACCGCUGGAGACAGAGUGUGGAGCUUUGCAAGAAGGACAAACUCUACAAGGAUGCAAUGCUCUAUGCUGCAGAGUCCAAGGAUGCUGAGCUAGCAGAGACUUUGUUGCAGUGGUUCUUGGAGGAAGGCAAAAAGGAGUGCUUUGCCGCCUGCCUGUUCGCUUCCUAUGACCUGCUUCACCCAGACGUGGUGCUGGAGCUUGCCUGGAAGCACAACAUUGUGGACUUUGCCAUGCCCUACUUCAUUCAGGUCAUGAGAGAGUACCUCACAAAGGUUGAUGAAUUUUCGCCGAAGGUGACGGUGGACAAACUGGAAGUAGCUGAAAGUGAACGGAAGACUGAGGAGGAAGUGACGGACCCUCAGACCAUCGUGUUUGGCCAGCAGCUGAUGCUGACCAACUCUCCUGCUCCAGUGACCCCCCAAGCACCGUACACAGGCUACAGUUACCAGGCCAACGCUGCGGGCUACCCUGCUCAACCUGCCUAUGGCUUCCCCAUGUAGAAGGAUUUGGGCCGUCCACUUCCUCCUGUUGCACGUGCACACACACACACACACACACACACACACACACACACACACACACACACACACACUUUUGAAGCUCAACCGAACUGAGCUGCUCUGGGUGUCUUGAACUGAAACCUCACCUGCAAACCAGGCACCACGCUUCUUCACUGAAACUGCAAUAAGGCCCCCCUUCUCUCUCCAUGCCCUACAUGUAUUUAAGCUCUCUUCAAGGUUGAGGAAUGGUGUCAACGCUGCCCAUCCCUUAUUUGGGACAUAAUCGAUUAAUCGUGCACUGAACUGCAGAGCAAACGUCUCCUCCGCCUUGUUGCUCUUACAUGUUGACUUUCAUCAACACAACUUCAGCCUUAUAUUUGCAGAACAUAGCUCACGCUCGGCAUACUGGAGAGACUGUUACUGUGCAAUAGCUUUGUUUUUCUUUUCACAAAGAUUGUUUCUAAGCAAGCUCAUGUUGUUUAUGUUCUGUGGGUGUGUACAUGUGUGCGCAUGUGUGUGUGUGUGUUUGUUCAGCCUCUAACGCUGCGGAGCGCUACAUCACACAACCACGAGUAUUUCCACUCCUCCCUCCAGCUGAAAAUCCUUUUCCCGGGACACAGCGGUCAGAAUCCUGUUCAUUGCAAAGUUUCAAGAGGACUUUAAAAAAACCAAAAAAAACAGUUGAACCGGUUUAACAUAAGCGCUACGUGUUGCAGUCUGUGCAUGUGCUGCCAAACUAAAAUGCUGAAAGCAGGAGCACAAUUUCAGUUUUACUCAAAAAUAUAUCAAGUAUUAAUACAGCAACUUUGUCACUGGACUAACAAAACAUUUGGGGAUGACAGUUUGCUGGUGUCCCGGUGCCAGUCGAGUCAUGAUAACCAUUGCAUUUAAAGCAGUGAGUAAUUUAAGAUAUAUAUUGAAAUAUCUAACUAAUGAAAAUAAUUAUUAUGGAACAACAUAUGUGUUGUCAAUAGUGUUGUUGUAGUCGGAAAAGCGUAAAGACAUUUUUUUUUGUAAGAAAAUGGGAUAAAAUAUGGCAAAAACAGCAAGUUAAUAAAUGCUUCAGAGGCAA